UCGUGCCAUAACAUUUCGGCGCGGGUCAAGGCGACGCGAGUGACUCACGCGCACUACAAUCGCUAGAGUUGUUGUGGCGCGGGCGCAACGUGCACGCGGCGUGCGUCGAAUCAGGAUGUCGCCUGCAGCGUCGUUUUCCAAACGAUGGGCACGGGAUAACCUGACCAGGGCGCCCAGCGACGACGAGCUCAAGAUCCUGGAUAUCUUCCCCUGGACUUGCGAGGGAGAUGAAGACGAAGCAGCUAGAAGAGCGAGGAGGUAUUACAGGGCUAGAGGGCCUGGAGGUCUGACAGAACUCUGGCAUAAGAGACACCCUGACGAUGAAGACAUUCUAUCCAGCUGUCAAGAUGCACUCAUCGUCCCUCUUCGCACUAAAACCGUUGGUGACAGAAGGUUGACCAUGAUACGACUACCAGCUCCCACAGCUAUGGACCGCCCCAUAUCCGCCAGGGCAUUCUUGGCCCGAUGGUUGAUGAUAUUAGAUAUCAGAUUACGCGAGGACCCAACGCCUGGAGAAGAGGUGGUUUUCAUCGACGUGUCAGACUUGCAGCCGAUGCAUCUGAAGAGUCAUUUCAGGAAGACUUACUGGAAAGACUUCUAUUCGUGCAUGAAGUCAGCAUACCCUCGUCGCUUCGCAGAAGUCCACGUGAUCAACGCACGUCAUCUCAAAACUAUACCUAUCCUGCUCUUGUACAUGGGUUUGUUCCCUUGGAAGAAGCAGAGAGUGCAUGUCCAUGGAAGUGUUGGCAAUAUCAAUCACGCAAUGGGCGUGGACUAUUUUCCUAUCGAAAACUUGCCUUUUGAGUAUGGAGGUAAAGCUGGGGCCAUGAAAGAUCUCAAUGAUGAAUGGACAAAAAAACUUCUGAACAACUCGAAAUGGCUGCAAUCGGAGGAGCGCAAAUUCUACGAGACUGAACUUAAGCCGGAGGUGCGCACGCGCACGCGGCAUAGAAGCGGCGUGCGCGCAUUGGGCGGUCUCGAGUCCUACGACAUGCUGACGCGGACGCAUUCGUGUCGCUCCUUGAAUAAUUGUGAAGAUAUCGAAGAAGGACCAUAUGGUGCUUAUAGGACUUUGAAAAUGACAUCUGACGGUGGAUUUUAUGUGUGAAGUUAGAAGGAUUGUACUUUUGGUAUCGAUUACUUGUAAAAGCUGGUUCAGCUUAAAUUCAAAUUUAAUUUUGUUAAUUCGCGCGUUCUAAUGACGCGCUCUAAUACUCGUAGCCUCAACCGCACCUAUUUUCGCGUCAUACAAAAAUUUUACAUUUACGUAGGUACAUCAUAUAACUUUUAAAAGAAGUAUUAUGUAUUAUAAACUAUUAUAAUUAUUUAAUUGAACGUAACUCGUCAUAGCUUCCAUGCUGGUCAACACAACAGAGGGGCUAUAUGCGCUGAAUGGUGAUCAGCUUUUUAAAGUAUGUUACCAAAUGUAUGAUCACCUCGAGAAAGAAAAUAGGAAGAUAUUGAGUGUGAUACGUGAAAAAUGUGACCCAGUUACCAUACAAAUAGAGAUUAAGUUCCCUUUUUUACUAAAAAUUUGAUUUCAAAGAGCAAGCUAAAAUAAAAUGAGAGUAAUAAAAACAUCAACAGACUUCACACACAUCUCUUGUUCUUUUAAAUAUAUUUUUGACAUUUCAUGACCGAAACUUUAGAAAGUACAUCAAAAACAAUUUACAUAAAAUUUGAAGGAUCCCCUCAAUUGAUCCGUGCCAUCAUCAGAUAACUUAUUCAUACGUACAUAGGUACAUAUAGUCAGGUGUAUA